AUGUAUAUCAAAGAUGUGAUUGCGAACAAAAGGCGUUGGACAGAUUUUGAGACUGUUGCACUUACUGAGGAGUGCAGUUCUAGAGUGAGGAGUAAAAUUCCUCCAAAGUUGAAAGAUCCGGGCAACUUCACGAUUUCAAUUACUAUUGGCAACAUUGAACUUGGACUAGAAUUGUGUGAUUUGGGUGCUAGUAUUAAUCUGAUGCCCAUCUCUGUAGGCCCAUUUAUUCUGCCAGUUGAUUUUGUGAUACUUAAUUAUGAGGCAGAUAAGAGUGUUCCUCUCAUUAUGGGGAGAGGAUUCUUAGCUACUGUUGAUGUUAUGAUCCGAGUGAAAGAUGGGAAGAUGUCCAUGACAGUUGAUAGACAAGAGGCGAAUUUUGAUGUGUUUAAAUCUACCAAGCUUCAGCCCAUUAUGAGGAGUUGA